AUGCCCACCCUGACCACCACUACAUCCAGCGCUGCCUCAGGAUCUACGCCCACCCCGACCACCACUGCAUCCAGCAUUGACUCUGAAUCUAAGCCCACCCUGAGCACCACCACAUCCAGCACUGCCUGUGACUCUAAGCCCACCCCAACCACCACUGCAUCCAGCACUGCCUCAGGAUCUACACUCACCCCGACCACCACUGCCUCAGGAUCUACGCCCACCCCAACCAGCACUGCAUCCAGCACUGCCUCAGGAUCUAUGCCCACCCCAACCACCACUGCAUCCAGCACUGCCUCAGGAUCUACAUUCACGCCAAUCACCACUGCAUCAGGAUCUACGGCCACCCCGACCACCACUACAUCCAGCAUUGCCUCUGACUCUAAGCCCACCCCAACCACCACUGCAUUGAGCACUGCCUCAGCAUCUAUGCCCACCCCAACCACCACUGCAUCCAGCACUGCCUCAGGAUUCACAUUCACCCCGACCACCACUGCCUCAGGAUCUACGCCCACCCCGACCACCACUACAUCCAGCACAGACUCAGCAUCUAUGCCCACCCCAACCACCACUGCAUCCAGCACUGCCUCAGGAUCUACACUCACCCCAACCACCAUCAGAACCAGCACAGCUUCCAGCUCUAGCCUUAGUGCCACCCACACUUCCUCUAGCCUGACAGUUUCCACUGGACCACACACCACCUCCAACCAUACUGGGACUCCAGUGAUGGAAGUGAAGCCCAGUGGGUCCCUGAAGCCCUGGGAAAUCUUUCUCAUCACCCUAGCCUCUGUUAUCGUGGUCAUGGGACUCUCUGCUGGGCUAUUUAUUUAUGUGAGGAGAUACUUGUUUCUGAGAAAUGCUGCUGACGGAAUAGUCUACAACCCCCACAACGCCCGUCCUCCACCGGGAGGAUCUGCUAUGACUCCAGGGAGCCCUGCCUGUUCCUGGAGGAUACCACGAGCCUCCGAGGUCAUAGAGAUGGCUGGGAUAUAA